AUGCAGUGCCUGAUUGUCCUUGCUCUAGCCGCCCUGGCUCAGGCCAACCCUUUGUACUCCACCGCGGUAGUCACACCCCUGGUAGCCGCCGACAACACUGAGACUGCUGCUCUUAAGACCUUGGCUAUCGAGAAGGCCAAGACUGGUGCCCCUGCUCCAUACUUUGACACCUACAGCAGGGCUUACUUCGCCCCAGCCGCUGCACCUGCUUUCGCCCCAGCCGCUGUCCCGGCUUUCGCCCCAGCCGCUGCCCCUGCUUUCGCCCCAGCCGCUGCCCCUGCUUUUGCUCCCGCUGCUGUUCCCGCUGCCGUUCCCACCUACCACGCUCUGGCCCCUGCUGCUGUUCAAUCUUAUGCUCCCGCAGCUGUCCCUACCUAUCACGCCCUGGCCCCUGCUGCAGCUCCAGCUUACGCCCCAGCCUACGCCCCAGCCUACGCCCCAGCCUACGCCCCAGCCUACGCCCCAGCCUACGCUCCAGCCUACGCCCCAGCCUACGCACCGGCCUACACUCCUGCCUAUGCCCCAGCUGCUAUCCGUGCCAUAGCUUCUGCUCCAGUUUCUGCCGUAUCAGCUGCUGCUCAAACCUUCCUUCUGUCUAACGAAGACGCCGCUAAGGUCAACCAUUUGACUGGUCUGGCUAAGGAACUGUCCCACUCAUAA